CGAGCGCUUCCGGUUCGUCGAAGAUUACUCCGUGGCCAAAAACUUCCCACCCAAGCUCAAAUUCGAGCUGAAACAAAGUUCAACAAUUUUAUAUACAAGGAAUCAUGACACCGGGUCGACACGUUCACGAUCAAGUGAACAUUGCUGGCCGUCGACUUUCACACCCACAUUGCAAAUUGAAGAUUCUGCACUUACCAUUUUAAUUGGCACCCUUAUGAUAUGAACGCCCAAUGACCGAGAAAGAGAAUGUCGGUGAAUUGCUUGGAAGCGGAGCACAUGCAACUGUAACAUUCAUUAUACAUAUCUCAAAUGAUCCCACGUGGUGGCCGACCAUCACUGGAAGUCGUGUUUCAAGCUAUUUUUCUGUUGCUGCCUUUGUUAUAGUGACGUAUGAUUGGGCACUCACAUUUGGACAAGAGGUCGCAUUGGUCUGGAAGCAACGCUGGUCCCUGAUGUCAGUUCUGUAUCUCGGUGUGCGCUAUCUUGGAAUCUUAUAUGCUACUUCAACCGUGCUGAACAAUGUUCCGACCAUCUCGCUGACAGAUACAGUGAGCUGGAUUAUAUCCGUUAUACAGAGUUGGAUAAGUGUUUUGGUAUCUGUGAUGCUAUGGGCCAUCAUCGUUACUCGGUUGCAUGCCAUGUAUCAACGAUCCAAAAAGAUCCUGAUAUUUCUCAUUGUCACCUUCUUGGCUAUCAGCGUUUUCGUCGGAAUGGUCACCAUAAUGACAAUGAUACAUACGUCAGGGGAGGAACACAUUCUCUCCGGCUCUUAUCAUUGCUGGAUUGACUAUGCGGAAAAUACCCUACUUCUGCUUUCCAUUUCUUGGAUACUCAGCUCCGUAUGGGAGGCCCUCGCGCUGUGUCUGGCAAUCUGGAUUGUAGUAAAACAUUUCCGUGAACUGCGACAACAUUCGGCAGGAGGGAUUAUCCGGGAGUCUUUUACGGUGUUGAUGAAAACUCACGUGGUUUACUUUGCGAGCUUUGUUGUUGUUUCUUGCUGCCAGCUCAUUAUUGAUUUUUCUCCGACACUCUCAGCAGGAAUUUCCCUUGACGCUCAGCUUUAUGGUGGGUUUCUUCAGAUUGUUUCAGUCGUACAGAUGUUUGUGCUGGGACCACGCAUGAUCCUUGGCAUUCGAGAAUACUAUGCUAAGCUCAGGGCCGAUUCCGAUACAGCGGCAACUGCUAUGUCCUCAAUGGCUUUCCAGGAGCGUGUCCAUGUAUCGACUGGGAGUGGUGUAUGACACACAUGUUAAUGGUUGUUUGGUGUUCUGCGGGAAGCAGGAAUUUACUUUGUCUCCAUUCCGAGUCCAAGCCUCGUUGCGGUACUUAAGUGACUAUUCGGUGCCCUCUAGUAAAUUCAACCAAAAUCCUGGAUAUCCUUACUGUACUAGCGAAGGAAAG